UUGGAGAAAGGAAAAGACAGAAACGUGAGCUGUUAGUUUGGUGGGAGGCUAAACCGACCACGCCAAGUGGAUCGUCGAAAGGGGCAAAUCUGUCUGUGUCCCCCUAAAACCUGAGAGAUUCUCCAGAAAACGAAACGUACGGCGACGGAGAGAUCAUCAAGAGGAGGAGAAGACAGCAGAUUGGCUUAGACAGGAACAAAAAAUUUGAUCUGUCUUAAUGUCGACGGUCUCAAGCUCUAGCAGAGGAUGCGGAACUAGUUUUCCAUCGAAGACAUCUUCUUUACCAGCUUUGAAUUCUCCUAACUUCAUCAGAAUUGGGAAAAACUCUCAGAGUGACAGAUUGAGUAGUCAUCGUUUGUCAUUGGUACAUGAAAACCGCAAAGCAAGAGGAGCAACUGUGCGUAUGGCAUUAGUCGACGAACGACAAUCAACGGGUCAAAAUGUUGCACAUCCUCCUCCUCGGAUCCUGGCGUACGAUCUUGUUCAAGGGGAUCUUGUGAAAUGGAGAUGGAAGGAGGACAAGUCUGUUCCAGACACACCUACCGCAGUUCUCCUACACGGAAUCUUAGGCAGCGGCAAAAACUGGGGCACUUUUGCUCGAAGAUUGGCUCACGAGUUCCCAACUUGGCAGUUUCUUUUGGUAGACUUGCGUUGCCAUGGGGAUUCAGCUUCUCUCAAGAAGAGAGGUCCGCACUCUGUUGCUUCAACUGCUUCUGAUGUUCUAAAACUUGUUGGUCAGUUGAGGUUAACACCGCGGGUCCUUGUUGGUCAUAGCUUUGGGGGGAAAGUUGUUUUAAGCAUGGUGGAGCAAGCAGCCAAGCCUCUUCCACGACCAGUCCGAGCUUGGGUAUUGGAUGCUACUCCUGGUAAAGUUCGUGCAGGAGGAGAUGGAGAGGAUCAUCCACGAGAGCUCAUUUCAUUUCUACGUCAAUUGCCUAAAGUGGUCUCGUCCAAGAACGAGGUCUAUACCGCUCUUAUGGAAGAAGGGUUUUCCAAUGAUGUUGCACAGUGGGUGGUUACCAAUCUCAGAUCUACUGGACCAUCGUCUUCUACCUUCUCAUGGGCAUUUGACCUGGAUGGGAUCGCCGAACUUUACCAGUCCUACGAAGACACAAAUCUAUGGAACUUUGUUGAGAACCUUCCAAGAGGAGUGCAUGUUAAUUUUCUAAAGGCCGAAAGAAGUUUGCACCGUUGGGCCCUAGAAGACCUUCAACGGAUCCACGCCGCGGAAGAGCUCGCCUCUGAAGAAGGAGGUGGAGUAGAAAUGCAUGUCCUGGAAGAUGCAGGUCACUGGGUUCACACGGAUAAUCCGGAUGGUCUUUUCAGGAUCUUGUCAUCUUCUUUCCAGGUUCUCAGAGCCUAGAGGUUCUAGGUUCUGCAUUUUUCAUGUCAUAUAAACUUGUGAAGAAGCUGAAUCUAAAUUGCACCUGAUAGAUACAAUUUUAUAUACCAGUGUAAUGUUUUGGGUGACGUUAUUAACAAGUAACAACAUAGCUGCAUUAUUCUUGAUUCUAUGUCCUUU